AUGGGCGCCACCCCAUUCCAUCGAUCCAUCCUCGAAGUUCGGUUGCCGAAGCACUUCGACAAACCAACGGACAUGAGGUACGAUGGAACCCAAGACCCUCUGGAACACCUCACAGCCUUCGAAGCUAGGAUGAAUCUGGAGGGAGUAGGGGACGAGGUGAGAUGCCGAGCCUUCCCGGUGACCCUGGCAGGACCCGCGAUCAGAUGGUUUAACGGCCUCCCGCAGGGGUCCAUCUACAGGUUUUCGGACAUCAGCCGUGCCUUCCUAGCCCAAUUCACAACACGAAUAGCAAAGGCAAAGCACCCGAUCAACCUUCUGGGGAUAACCUUGAGACCAGGAGAGCCGACCAGAAAAUACCUGGACCGGUUCAACGACGAAUGGUUGGAAAUUGACGGCCUAACCAAUUCGGUGGCCAGCCUUUGCCUGACGAAUGACCUCCUCAACGAGGACUUUCGAAAGUACCUUACCACGAAACCAGUUUGGACGAUGCACGAGAUCCAAACGAUAGUCAAGGAGUACAUAAAUGACGAGGAAGUCUGCCAAGUCGUGGCUGCCAAUAAACGACACUCCGGCUACAACCAACCUAGGCAACAAGUUUAUCAGCAAAUUGUCGAGAAAGGAAUCCUAUCGAAGCCCCGACCACUUAAGGACCGUACGGGGGGAAACAAAAACUUCUAUUGUGACUAUCACAAGGGCUAUGGUCACCAAACACAGGACUGUUUUGACCUGAAAGAUGCACUAGAACAAGCGAUAAGGGAUGGUAAACUAACAGAAUUCUCCCAUCUUAUAAGGGAGCCGAGGAGGCGUCAUCGCGACCAAGACGAAGAAGGCAAAACCCGGUCGGCAAAGCGGCGACAAGAGCCAGAAGACAGAGAUCACGGCCUCACCGUGAUAAACGUAGUGACAGCCAAAAACGCCGCGCCAAGGUCGUGA